UGUACCAGCACCGCAGCGUCACAACUAGAUGUAUAAUGAAUUGUAGGUCCAGCUCGCUGCGUCCCCUGUGCUUGUUCAACAUCUUCAUCUCCAGCUUCACUUUAUAAGCAUUUACCAAGAGGGGCAUCCUCGAUGUCAGCAGUCAUGUAUUUGAUCUUAGCAAGCAGCGAAACAUGACCGCGUAUGUACAGCAGGGUGAUCAUCGGGAAGAGGAGGAGCCUGGAGUUGUGUUGCCGUCCAUCGGAGAAGACCCCUUAUUCGGGGACGCUGUUGAUACUUUAGGCCGAAACUUCCCUGAUGAGGAUGCUGAUGAUGAGGUGGCAGCGCUGCAGAGAAAGCUGGAAGAAGCUCGCAAGCAGAGGGAAAAGCGCAUGGAGCAGGACAACGCUGCUCUGCGCCAAGAAGUUGCGACUUUGCGGGACAAAACCUUGGACCUCGAGCAAAAGAAUCGAACAAGCAACAAGCACAAGCUUGACGAACUGAAAAGGGAGAAGGAGGAUCUGGAGAAGCUUGUCGCCCAGCAGGAGUCUCGUCUGAUUGAGUUGCAAACUAUCGUGGAGACAGAAAUACCCGAGAUACCAAUUAC